UCUGCUCUAGGCUACAGAGACCAUCCAAGCGGGAAGCUGCAGACACAGUCAGUUGUCUGCAGACGAUGAAGCUGUGAUCCAUGAAUUGCAAAUCCUGGUUACCGCUCCCAAAGAAAGACUUCUGCUCACCACCAUUCCCAUGCCCUAGAGAUCCCAGACAUGCAACCGACAGACAGAAAAUGGCAGCCACCGAAGCGCUGAGGGGAGUCCUUCCAGUCCUUUCCGUCUGGGUUCCAGGUUUUUUUCCAUGAUGGCCUGCAACAGCUCCACCACUGAGACUUACCAGUACUUGCUGCUGAAUGGGAGCAACGUGUCAGCCUCUGGGGUCACCACACCCCCUGCCCCCCUCAGGAUAUCCUUGGCAAUAAUCAUGAUGCUAAUGAUCGUGGUGGGAUUCCUCGGCAAUUCUGUGGUCUGCAUCAUCGUGUACCAGCGGCCAGCCAUGCGUUCCGCCAUCAACCUGCUGCUGGCCACGCUGGCCUUCUCCGACAUCAUGCUGUCCUUAUGCUGCAUGCCCUUCACGGCCGUCACCCUGAUCACGGUCCACUGGCACUUUGGGGAUUACUUCUGCCGGCUCUCAGCCACCCUUUACUGGUUUUUUGUCCUGGAGGGCGUGGCCAUCCUGCUCAUCAUCAGUGUGGACCGCUUCCUCAUCAUCGUCCAACGCCAGGACAAGCUGAACCCGCGGCGGGCCAAGAGGAUCAUCGCCGUUUCCUGGGCGCUGUCGUUCUGCGUGUCGGCGCCCUCGCUGGCGGGCCGGACGUUCAUGGAGGUGCCGGCGCGGGCCCCGCAGUGCGUACUGGGCUACACGGAGUUCCCGGCGGAACGCGCCUACGUGGUGGCGCUGGUGGUGGCUGUGUUCUUCGUGCCCUUCGGCAUCAUGCUGUGCUCCUACCUGUGCAUUCUGCACACGGUCCGCAAGAACGCCAUCCGCGUGCACAAUGAGUCCGACAGCCUGGACCUCAGACAGCUCACCAGGGCCGGCCUGCGGAGGCUGCAGCGGCAACAGCAGGUCAGCUUGGACUUGAGCUUCAAGACCAAGGCCUGCACCACCAUCCUGAUCCUCUUCGUGGGCUUCUCACUGUGCUGGCUGCCGCACUCGGUCUACAGCCUGCUCUCGGUGUUCAGCCGGGGCUUCUACUGCAGCUCCUCCUUCUACACCACCAGCUCCUGCGUCCUGUGGCUCAGCUACCUCAAGUCCGUCUUCAACCCCAUCGUCUACUGCUGGAGAAUCAAAAAAUUCCGCGAGGCCUGCAUUGAGCUGCUGCCCCAGACCGUCCAAAUCCUCCCCAAAGUGCCUGAGCGGAUCCGGAGGAGAAUCCAGCCCAGCACGGUCUAUGUGUGCAAUGAAAACCAGUCCGCCGUUUAGG